AUGGCAAACCUUAUAGCCAUUCGACGGAAAUACGACGAACUAACACUUCAAUGGCAAGAGACAUUGUAUCAACCCGUGGACUGUGAAGUCUUGAGGGAGUCUGCAAAAUUCAUACAACCUCAACAUUAUAAUGAGGUCAUUGAAGAAAGGAAUGUUGAUAAUCUUUGCGGCUAUCCUAUAUGCUCUAAAUCGCGUCAGCAAAUAGAUAGCAACUACAGAAUCUCGUUGAGGGCUCGUGAAGUAUACGAUAUCUCAGAGCUCAAACACUUUUGUUCACGCACAUGUUACGUGGCGUCAAAGUUUUUUUUGUCUCAAUUAUCGCCUGAGCCUAUUUAUCUUAGAAAUCUCAACAAGUGGAACCCGGUCAAGGUGAUUCCAGUCGGAGUUGAUGUGAGGCAAAUGCUGGCUAAAGAAACUGAAUCAACAAAUCAAGUUGACUUGGGUUCGGAAUAUGUCAAGGCAAUGACGAAUAAUCUUCCUCCAGCGCCAUCAGACAUUAUUAUCAAGGAGAAUGUAAACGAGGCACCAGCUGCAUCAGUGAGUUAUAACAACCAAGCUCAUGAUGUCGUAGAAGGGUUUCGAGUCAAGGUGCCGGUGAAGGAAAGACGACGCACGAAGAAAGAGUUACCCAUGACAAUGUUUGGCAAGAUAUGGACUACUUUAGACCGAAUAACAACAAUGAAUACAAGAAUGUAUUUUAAGGAUAAUAAGGCUAAAGUAGACCAUACAGUUGACUCUGAUCAGUAUGAACUUAUGAUGACACGAAUCAACAUAUUUAGCGAGAAGAUUCUGACAAGCUAUAAUUUUAUUCGGCCAAUAUUACCGAUAACAGUGGAUAUAGUAAAUGAUCUUGUCGAUCUCAUGCGCACUUUCAAACUAGAUCGCCAGUCAGUCAUGUUGACCGAAACUGAGAGUAACGUAUUAUGCAUGGUUUUCUUGCAUGCAUUGUCAAUGAAUAUCCCGGAACUGCAUAAGAAUAUAUUCCCUACUGAUGAUACCAAUAAUAACUUUAGGAAAACUUUAGAAAGUAUGGGAUUGACCAUGGAGGAGCUAGAAGCAUUUACCAGAGUCAUCAGGGUUUCCUCGACUUAA